AUGGCCCUCCUCGGCUCCUUCCUAAUGCUUCUUUUUCUUCCUCCCUUUCUCUUCUUCCUUUUCAAAUCUCUCUAUACGCUUGUAUGGGUACCGGAGAAGAUCCGCCGCCACUACCGGAGGCAGGGGAUCGGAGGGCCUCCCCGCCGCCACCUGAUCUUCGGCAACUCUGCAGAAAUCCGCGGCAUGCUCGUCCGAGCACAGUCGCGGCCAAUUCUCGAUCCUUUCGACCACGACAUCACGCGGCGGGUUCUCCCACACUACCAUGAAUGGUCCGCCGUCUACGGCAAGACCUUCCUUUUCUGGUUCGGGUCCUCGCCGCGGCUCUCCGUCGCCGACCCGGCGAUCAUCCGGGAGGUCGUGAUGGAUGCCGGCGGCGGGUUGGAGAAGGGGGAGUUCAACCCCCUGGCGAAGCAGCUGUUCGGGGAUGGUCUAGUGGGGCUGAAGGGGAAGAAGUGGGCGCUCCACCGUCGGAUCAUCAACCCCACCUUCAACAUGGAGAGGGUGAAGGUCGGUUCUCCAAUCAUCUCCUCCGCCGUAGUGAUUGGUGAUCAGGUUUUCUCAAUUUUUCUGCAACCCUAAUUCGAGAUCUCCGUGGAGAAAAAAAAUAGAAUUGGGUUCCUGAAAUCGCCGCCUGCGCCUCGAAGAUGCUCGAUGAUUGGGAGAGCAGGGGAGCGAGCGGCGGCGAUUUUGAAGUAGAGGUGGGGGAAGAGCUCCAGCGAUACACCGCGGAUGUCAUCUCUCACGUGGCUUUCGGGAGCAGCUACGAAGAGGGGAGGCGGAUCUUCGAGCUUCAAGAGGAGCAGGCGCUCCUCGUCUCUCUGGCCCUGCGGAGCGUCUACAUCCCAGGCUUCAGGUGCAGAUUCAUCUUCCCAGAAAUUCCCUCCUCCCUGCUCAACCUUACCCUCCUCUCUCUUCUCUUCUCGUCAGCUUCCUUCCCACACGGAGAAACCGGAGGCGGCAGGAGAUCGACAAGGAGAUAAGGGAUUCCUUGCGAAGGCUGAUCCGCAGCAAGGACGGCGCAGGUGAUUUAAUCUCCAAGAACCUCCUGGGCCUGAUGAUGUCUUCGAACAAGGAAGGGGCGGAGGAGGAUCAAAUGGGCAUCGAGGAAAUCAUAGACGAAUGCAAGACGUUCUACUUCGCCGGGAAGGAGACCACGGCCAACCUCUUGACAUGGGCGCUGCUGCUGCUCGCCCUGCACGAGGAAUGGCAGACCAAGACCCGGGAGGAAGUCAAGAACCUCUGCGGCGAGCAUAACCCCCCCAGCGCGGAGGACAUCCCCAGGCUCAAAACAGUGAGCUUCUUCUUCUUCUUCUUCUUCUUCUUCCUCGUAGGGUUGGUCUUUUCCACUUGCAGCGCCUGAACCUCUGCAACAUCGUCUGUGUGAACAAACAGAUGGGCCUGGUUCUGAACGAAACCCUCCGUCUUUACUCCCCCGCCGCCAUCAUGAGGAAGCUCGCCACCAAGAACAUCAAGCUUGGGGCGAUCGACGUCGCCGCCGGCACCGAGGUCGUCAUCCCCGUCAUCGCUGCUCACCAGGAUAAGGAGGUGUGGGGGGAGGACGCCUGCCAAUUCAAUCCGCUGCGGUUCUCCGACGGGCGGCGACCCACCGGCGGGUACUUCCCAUUUGGGUUUGGGCCGACGAUCUGCGUCGGCCAAAACCUGGCCCUCGUGGAGGCGAAGGUGGCGCUGGCCAUGAUUCUGCAGAGGUUCUCCUCCUUCUCCGUGGCCCCUUCUUAUGUCCACGCCCCCACGCUCGUCAUCACCCUCCAACCCCAGUACGGGAUCCAGAUUAUCUUUCACAAGGCCUAG